GGCAUGGUGACAUAUACCCUUUUUUUCAUUUUAUUUAUUUAUUUUUUGAUGAUUUUUUUGUGUGCAUUGGUAUUUUGCUUGCAUGUAUGUCUAUGUGAAGGGUGUUGGAUCCCCCGGAACUGGAGUUACAGGUAACUGUGAGCUGCCAUGUGGGUGCUGGGAAACCGAAGCUAGGUCCUCAGGAAGAGCAGCCAAUGCUCUUAACCUCUAAGCCAUCUCUCCAGCCCAGGUGACAUGCAUUUUAAUAUCAGCACUGUAGAGGCAGAGGCCAACCUGGUCUACACUGUAAGCUUCAGGCAAGGAAGCAGGGGUUAGUGAGAACCCGUCUAAAAGAAAAACACAGAGUGAACACUGAAAAUUUGUGUAGGCUAGAUUGUUCUGUUUAAUUACAUGUAUUUGUUCAUGCACGUGUAUGUGUGCCCUGGUACACAUGUGGUGUGUUGGUCCCAGGACAAAAUGUGGGUCCCUAGGAUCAAACUCAGGUCAUCAGGCUUGCCAGCAAGCUCCUUUUCCUCCUGAGCAGUUAGUGUUUUGAGGUAGGCUGGCCCCAAAUUCAGCUAUGUAUCAGAAGAGGACCUUGAGCAGGAUGGCCUUUGUCUCCAUCUCUACCUAAGAUUAAAGGUACAUCUCAUCACACCCUGCAGGGCUUUAUUUUUAUUGAAUUUGUGUGUGUUCUAAGGUUAUCUGUCUUCUGGGUUUUUAUUUCAUAAGGUCUUCUGUGGUACAUUCACUUAUAAAGAAACAAAUGUAAAAAAUGAAAAUCAAACUUGGUAUGAUUUUUUUUUCAUUUAGAAAGAGUAGAGAAAGGUGAAAGGUUAUAGCAAGACUGUCCUCAUUUGCCUGAUUCCAAAAGUUUGGUUGGUGGCUGGGAUGUAACUGCAUUCUGGAUGUAACUCCUGCUUCCCCCAAGCUGGAUUUCAUCUCUGGCAACAUUAAAACAAAAGCCCCCACCCGAUGCUACUUGGCUGUAACCCCAGCAUUUAGGAGCUGGAAACAAAGAGCAUUGUUUCCAGUUCAAGGCCAGCCUAGGCUGUAUGUGUGUGUGGGGGGGUGUCCCAGGCCAUCCCAUCCCUUGCCACAGGAUGAGACUGUGUCAAAAGGUCCAAACUGAAUACACACCUUUCAGCCCAGCACUCAGAGGCAGAAGUGGGGACUCUCUGUGAAUUCGAGGCCAGUCUGAUCUACAGAGUGAGUUCCAGGACAGCCUGAGCUGCACAGUGAGACCUUGCUCAAGAAAACAAAACAAAACAAAUCAAAACAAUAACAACAAAACCAAACAACAAAAAAAUGGGCUAGGGAUAUAGCUCAGUUUGUAAAGUGUUUGCCUAGCCUCCUUGAGGCCCCGAGUUCGAUCCCCAUCAGGACUCCUGUGACUCCAGUUCUCUAAUUUCAGCACUUGGGAGGUGGAAGCCAGAGGAUCUCUGGUUACAGGGAGGGACAUUUAAUCAAGGCUGCCUCACGCAUUGUUUAUUGUCAGUCUAGCCCAGGCUCUGUCAGCCCUGCUGGAGGGACUGGUAAACAGAUGGGCUGUGGUGUCAAGUGGUCAGAGGGACUAGAGCUCAGUGUUCCAGGCUUGGGAAUGACAGACUGGGAUGUGUGAUGCCACUCUAAGUUUAACGGGAGUCAGGUACUGAGUGGGACCUAGGACCAUCUGAAGUAACUUCUUAUUAUUUUUUUUUUAAAGAAAUUUCUUUUUACUCAAACCAUCUGUGAGUUGCCAGAAUCCAGAAGAGUAGCUGUCCACUUGAGCUGUGGGCCCAUGCAAAGGACCUCGUUGGCAGCUGCAACUCAGAGUCUAAAAACACGAAGAACUCAAGGCUUCUACCACUGUAGGCAGCCCAGGAGACAUCAGUGGGGCCACAGCUCAUUCCAGGAGGGACUGUGAAAACGGCAGGACAAGUGAGUCCACUUGUCCCUGCAGAGUACCCCAGAGCCAACUUUCAGAAGACAGCCCACCCAGGUCCAGACCUUUCUCUCCAGCCUGAUGUCACGGGCAUUUAACGUGGCCAGACUCCAGGGAGAGAGCAAGUGCCACAUCUGUCUGGAUGCUCUGACCGAACCAGACACCACAGAAUGUGGACAUAACUUCUGUCACUCUUGUGCCUAUAACUUCUGUGGGGACCGGGAAGUCGUGCCCUGUCCCGUCUGUAGAAAUGAUUGCCAAAAGCAGAACAUCACAAGCAAUGCCCAGCUUGGGGAGAUGGUUAAAAUGGUCCAGCAGUUCCAAAACAGGGCAAGCCAGAGUGAGGAGAUCAGAACCAUCUGUGAGAGGCACAACCGGGUCUUGACCCUCUUCUGUGAAGAUGACCUGCAGCUGCUGUGUGACCGGUGCGUCGGGCCACAGAGCCACAACAGCCACCACGUAACAUCCAUUGCACGGGCUGCCUCUUAUCACAGAGAAAGGCUUUGGGGCCUAAGCAAGCUUCUUAAGAGGGAAAUGAGACGGGCUGAAGAGUUAAGACACAUUCAAGACGACGGGACCCAGGCCUUGAGGGAGCAGGCAGAAGCCCAGAGGUGUAAACUGAACUCUGAAUUUGAGCGGCUCAACCGGUAUUUAGAUCGGGAACAGCAUGCGGCUUUCUCCAGGCUAAAGGAGGAGGAGAAGGAUAUCGGGCAGAAACUGAGCAAAAAUAUAGAGGCAUUUGAAAAACGGAUUUCUACACUCAAAAGUCUCCUGAACCUUGCUGUGGCAGGCAAAACGUCCUCAGAAGUAGAUCUGCUGUCGACAGUCAAGAAUUUCUACGAGGAUUACGAGAGUGUGAGUAACCCAGACAUCUUUUCACCUCAGUUAAGAAGAGAAGGAUACAACUUUCCUCUCCAGUAUUCAGCGCUACAAAAAAUUAUACAGCAAUUUACAGUUCAAGUAACUCUAGACCCGGACACAGCCCAUCGAAACCUGCUUGUUUCUGAGGAUAAAAAAUGUGUUACAUUUUCAAAGAAAAAACAACAUGUUCCUGGUUCUUUAAAAAGGUUUAUCAAGAGCCAUGUUGUGUUGGGGUUUCCGUAUUUUAGUUCUGGGAGACAUUUCUGGGCGGUAAAGGUAGGAGAGAAGUCCGAGUGGGCUGUUGGAAUCUGCAAAGCCAAUCUUUCCAUUGGGGCAAGGCAGUCCUUGAUCCCUCCCGGGUGCUGGAGGAUUGUCUGGAAGGGUGACUGCUUUGAGGUCUCAGGAGGAGCAGACCCAAAGUGUUCUCAGCUGAAAGCCACAGGGCCCAGAGUCAUUGGCAUUUUCCUGGACUAUGAGCUGGGAGAGGUCUCCUUUUAUAGGAUGCCUGAGAAAUCUCACAUCUGUACUAUCAGGGACACUUUUACUGAGCCUGUUUGUCCUUAUUUCUAUGUAGGAAAUAAUUCAGAACCUCUUAGACUCUGCUCUGCCACAGAUGCUGAGUGAAAACUCACAGCGUAGCCUUAACUAGAACAGGUUUGCUCAUGGGCAAUACUCCCUUGCCCCCAACCCAGGUUGGCCCCAAGGUUGUUAUACAGCUGAGAAGAACUUUGAAUUUGUGCUCCUCUAAACUACUUCUUGCUAGGAUUAUAGGUGUGAGCUUCUCAGCCCUACAUUCUUCU